CAUGAACCCAGAAAUAAACGUAAUUAAAAGCAGAAUUCUAGCAGCAGAACAGCAGUUUCAUAAUGAAAAGAAAAACGGUUACAAAACACGAGCGAAUGUCAUCUUCUGAUGAAGGUUUAUUUGAAAUCGAGAGAUUUAAGAAAUGUUCAAAAACAUUUUUGAUUAAGAAUACUUUAAAUUUUAUAGACUACACGCUUUUUUUUAACUAUGUUAGAGAUAAAUUAAUUUUAAAGUUAAAAGAAUCAUGUUUACAAUCAUCUAUAAAAUUUAAUUUACAUGUGGAUAGCGUAUACGAAAGAAUACUCACUCAAGAAGUUCGGGACAUAGCUUUCAAAACUUCUAAUACACUUGCAUGUAAUUCAUCCGAUUUCAAUAAAUUACUAAAUGGAAUGUUCAAUAAAUUAUUAUCUGAACAAGACCAGUUUUUAGCGAAAGGAUCUGGGUGGUCCCUUAAAAUUAUAGAUGUAUUACAAUUGAGAAUUAAUACAGUGAAUCCUCUCAGAGGAGGAACGUAUCUAGAUCUACCUGAAUAUAUAAAAGAUAAAAGAGCAAUUAUAAAUGUAAAAAAUAACGAUGCUAAAUGUUUUAAAUAUUCAAUACUAUCUAAGUUUGAUAAUCGAUCGAAUAAAACUUAUUUGAAUAAGAAAUAUUUUAAAAUGUUAGAAACAAAAAGUGGUUUAGAUUUUAAAUGUAUUGAUUUUCCAACACCAAUCAGUCAGAUGAAAAAAUUUGAAUGUACAAACGAUGUAUCAAUUAAUAUUUAUAGUUUAAAUGAUAAAAAACAUAUUUUUCCUUUGUAUAUUUGUAAUACUGAAAGAAAAAAACAUUUCGAUCUUUUUCUGUUCAAUAAUGAUGAAACAUCACAUUACUGUUAUAUAAAAAAUUUUUCAAGAUUCGUUAGAAGUCAGAAAACUAAAAAUUAAUGACUUAAUGACUCAGUUUAAAAGCGUUAUCUAGCGGAACAAAAUACAGCAGUAUUAUUAUUUUCAUUGAUUUAUUUACCACUAGAUGACGCUUUUUGUUUUUAUCGAUUGUAGAUAUAUAUAUAGUUUUCAAAACAGACUAAUUAGGAUCAGGAGAUCAUGUGAAAUAAUUAAUUCGACUUAAUAAAAAAACUGAUAUUUUAUUUUAUUAAAAAAUAAAUAAAUAAAUAAAUAAAUAUUAUACAUAAAAAAACAUUAUUUUAAAAUAUCUGAUGAUGUUAUCCACGAAUUUUGACUUGAAUCAAAACCUAACCAUUUAACAAACAUUUUAUUCCCAACUUUUUUUACAAUACGUUCAAUGAGAAAGGUGUUUGGAAAAUCAGUUAAUUUAAUUUCCUGUUCAUAAAAACCACCUAAAAUUACACUGCCUGAUUCAUCCUUUAGUUGAUAAGUAACUGGAUUUGUCUGUAAAACUUUUGAAACUGUAAAUAUUUCCGUUGUCCAAUUUGGUGUAUAUCCUUUAGUAAAUAUAUGUUUAUACUUAGAUAUUCGUACUUUAUCGUUAACUUUAAAUUUUGGUUUAUACAAUGUUUCAGAAAUUAUAUAUGUGUUAAAUUUAAUUCUGUUUGUAUCCAUUCGAGCUUCACUAGGUGUACAUUUGAUUGUUCUGUGUUUUGUGUUAUUAUAGUUAUGUGUAAUUUUUGAUAUUGUAUUGUACCAAUUCCAUGUGCCUGUUGCAGUAAAAUGUCUAUAUAUAUUAUUUUUAAGAGUUCGAAUCACACGUUCCGCGAUUGAACAUUUGAUAACACUGUAUGAACUGUAAUGUUUAAUUUUAUUUUUUUUCAUUAAAUCUUGGAAUUGGACAUUGUAAAAUUCUGUACCAUUAUCUGUCUGUAAAAAUUUUGGUUUAGCUUUUUUCAAUAUAUUAAACAUUCCUUUUGUACAUUCUUUACCUGAUUUAUU